ACCCCUGUCCGGCUGCGCUGGGAUAGCGCGGGGCGGCGGGAGCUCCUUCGCUUCCCCAGUUUCCCCGAUUUUCACACGAUGGCAGCAGAGGCGAGGGAACGCGUUCUCAGCCGGCGUGAGCCGGGGCUGGGCUGGGGGUUCUGGCCCCGCAGCCCCAGCCUGCCCCGCGCCGGCCUCGGCACCCAGGAUCGGGCCCCGGCUCCUCCUCCCGUGACGGUCCCAAGGGUGACACUACCUGCCCAACCUGCGCUGCGACACCCGGUCCCACCCCUUGGGUUAACCCGCCGCGCCACGCCGCCAACCCCGCUGGCCUCGCCGUCGUCGCUCCCCCGCACCCCGCUCGCUCCCCCGCACCCCGCUCGCUCCCCACCGGAGAGGAAACUUUGUCCCCUCCGUCCGCUCCCUGGGUGCCCCUGGGCGCCCGUCCCGCCCUGCGCCGUCCGCUCGGUGGGAAGGAGGAAACCCGGCGGCGGCGGCGACAUGGGCAGCGCCGAGGAGGAUUAUAACUUUGUCUUCAAGGUCGUCCUGAUCGGGGAAUCCGGGGUGGGCAAAACCAACCUGCUCUCCCGCUUCACCCGCAACGAGUUCAACCACGACAGCCGCACCACCAUCGGCGUGGAGUUCUCCACCCGCACCAUCCUGGUGGGAGACGCCGUGGUGAAGGCUCAGAUCUGGGACACGGCCGGGCUGGAGCGGUACCGCGCCAUCACCUCCGCGUAUUACCGGGGAGCCGUGGGUGCCCUGGUCGUCUUUGACAUCACCAAGCACCAGACGUACGACGUGGUGGACCGCUGGCUGAAGGAGCUGUACGACCACGCCGAGGCCAGCAUCGUCGUCAUGCUGGUGGGGAACAAGACCGACCUCGCGCAGGCUCGGGAGGUGCCCAUGGAGGAGGCAAAAAUGUUUGCAGACAACAACGGGCUGCUGUUCGUCGAGACCUCGGCGCUGGAUUCCACCAACGUCGAGCAGGCGUUUGAGACCAUCCUGAAGGAGAUCUUCCACAAAGUGCAGAAGCAGAAGCAGAGGAGCAGCCAAAGCAACACGGUGUCCCUCGGCAGCGAGAGCCCGGGGAGCACGGCUCCGGCGCAGACGGAGAAGCGUCCGUGCUGCGUGGCCCUCUGAGCUGGCCGGGCACCCCGGGGACCCCCGGGGACCCCCGCAAACCCGGGACACGCCAGUGGUGCCGAGCUGGGUCUGCCUCUGCGCGGACUCGUCUGGCCACCGGCACGGGCUGGUGUCACCCAGCCUGCGGUGCCACCCCCGUCCUGGGGCAGCGGGGACCAGCAGCCCGGGCAGUGGCCAAAUUCUGCCAUAAACGGUGAGAAGCGCCAGUGCCGGGAGCUCUGCUCUGUCUGCUUCGUUUUUGCCGGGCCUUGAUCAGCAUCACCACCGUCCCGCACGGACCCCCCCAGCCCCUCCGGACCCCCGGUGCAGAGGACUGAGAUACCCCCCAGGCACUGCUGGGGAAGGAGCCAGGAGGUUCUGGCCACGAUGGUGCCAGCGAUGGUAGCCACUCCGAUUGUGUCUGGCCCUGGGGUUGCUCCCCUGCGGCCAGCCUGUGCCACGCGCUGGGGAUGUGGCGGUCCCCACAGGUCUCCGUCCCCACCGGGGACUGCUCUGGGGUCACCCCAAGCCCUAAGGAGCGAAGCGGCAGCGCUCAGCCCUCGGCGCAUCUCUGUCCCCAUCCCAGACACGGGACAAACGUGAUGGCGGGACCCAGCGAAGGUCGCUCCCGUCCGCGGGGUGGGAUGGGGCCGGUGCCCGGGGGCCCGGGAGCAGCUCCGUGCCCAGCGCAACCGGUGACGCAACCAUUAAAGGACUUGCGAAA